AUGGACAAUGCAACUUUGAUCAGAGAGUUUAUUCUGGUGGGAUUUCCACAAUUCCAUGGACUGACAAUGCUGUUUUAUUCCAUAGUUCUACUGAUGUAUCUUCUAUCACUUCUGGGGCACAGUUUAAUCAUCUUUGUUGUUAUCAUAGAACCCAAGCUCCAUAUGCCAAUGUACUACUUCCUCCUCAACUUCUCCAUUGCUGAGAUCUGCUCUACAUCAGCAGAAGUCCCCAAAAUGCUGAUGAAUAUCAUCUUGGGCAAAAAUACCAUCUGCUUUGCAUGUUGCAUGGCACAAUUUUUCACUGUCUUCACAAUGGGAGCAAUUGAAUUCCUUAUACUCACAAUCAUGUCUUUUGAUCGCUAUGUGGCCAUUUGCAAACCUUUACUUUAUAAAAUUAUCAUGACCAAUCAACGCAGCCUUCACUUAGCUUUGGUGGCUUGGACCUGUGGGUUCAUCAUUGUCUUUUCUCAGGCUGUAGUGAUAUGGACAUUUCCUUAUUGCAAAGACAACAUCAUCAACCACUUUUUUUGUGAUGUCGGACCUCUUCUGAAAUUGGCCUGUGCUAAUACAAAUCUGAUAGAGCUAAUUGGUCUCAUCUAUGGAGCCACUUUCAUGUGGGGGUCCUUUGGUCUUUCCCUGAUAUCAUACAUGUACAUUAUAGCUGCUAUCAUUCGAAUUUCUUCUGCCACUGGACGGUCCAAAGCCUUUUUCACCUGUGCCUCCCACCUCACCGUUCUAAUCAUCUUCUACACAGCAGACAUGUUUAUGUACUUGAGGCCUUCAACACAUGGCGAUCCCCGACUCAAUAAAGUCAUAUCUCUUGUGCGCACAAGUUUCAUUCCCAUGUUAAAUCCUUUCAUUUACACAAUCCGGAACAGUGAAUUCAAGACAGCUCUAAGAAAAAUAACCAGAUCGAUGCUGGUUCUCUAA